AUGACAAUGCUGGUGAGGUGCUACCCUGACGUCUUCCUUGACGUUGGAUCUGGUGUUGACAACGUGCUUGCGCAGGUAGCACUUACAACGAACGUCAGAACGUGCAUCGGGACCGAGCUGCGAAGGGAGCUCGUGCUGCUCAAGCAAGUCGAUGUAGGAGAUGUUUCGAUGUCACGGCAUUCUCCCCUUUGCGAGGCCACAAUUGUCUUUGCUAACAUCUUUCUAUUUGAAGAAGAUGCUAAGCUGAUUGUUUCACGAGAGCUAAGCGCAAUGCCAGAGGCAUGGGUGAUAGUUUCAACGUCGCUCUUCGGCCCUAGACAUCGAUCACCCUGGAAGGCUACACCUCAAUCCAUUUACAUAUACCGUAAUAAACUUUGA